AUGUUCCCAAAUCUGCGUAUCAUCGGUGGACAGGAAUUAAUCCUGAAUUAUGCACUUGUAAUUUACCAGAAUACACAUCUGGUGGAAGUUGGCCUUCCCAAAUUGACCGCAAUCAUCAACGGUGGCGUGCGAAUCAUGGAUAAUCAACAGUUGUGCUACAGCCGGUACAUUGAUUGGGGACAAAUUCUGAUCGGUCCAGCAAAUGAUAUUUUAACGGAUCGAAAUAAGGGAACUGAAUCUAGUAUGGUUUUUUUUCUUUUUUUUGUACUGAUUUGUCUUUUUUCAAUUUUUUUUUACUUUUCGUACUUUAUCCGGCUGUUUUUUUAUCAUUCUGUUUCUUCUCACCGUCGAUGA